UUCUGCACAUUUAUUUGAAGACGUUGUCAAGUCCUGGAGAUAGAAUGACAAUGACUUGGUUUCUCGACGAGCGAGAGACGGAGAGCAGAGGGAAAAAAACAAGCAAACUGACCGAGAGAAGAUAGCACACAGCAUAGAUAAAAAGCAAAAUUAUAAUCAGCAUAGACUUAGAGAAAGACGUAGCAGUAGCUAUCAUACUUCAAAGAUCUACACUCCACCGAGUCGAUCAUUUCUGGAAGUAUCCAAUCAUAUUCACCAUUCCACUCACUACCACUAGGGCGACAAAGGAUCGGGGAUUUAUUCUGGUCUUUGUAAAUCCUACAUGUAUAGUUUAGAUAGGAACAAAAGAUGUUAAUAGUUUGAAUUUGACAAGACGACAUCGUUGAACAAUGAAUGACAAGACGAACUAGGCAUGCAGUUGAUAUUCAUGGUAGUGGACAUCAUCGAUCUAGAAACGAUGACGAGGUGACUCACCUGCAAGAACCGAUCAUGCCAGCAUAUGAGGACGAUUGAGUCCUUCCAAUUAAACUAUUUUUUUUUGCAAGAUUUUGCUGAAAUAACAAUAUACACGUUCUUCUACUUCAUAAUACUAGUGCGAACGAUUACGAUUAUCAGAUUAUCAAAAGCGAGAACAACAUACACCAAGAGGUUGGAGAAGAACAAGUACUAGUAUCUCAUUCAUCUACUCGAGGAUAACGAAGAUCCUUGCAGGAUAGACGACAAGAAAGAGAAUAAUUUAAUACUUCUCGAAGAAUUACAAGCGGCUUGACAACACCGAGUGUUUUUAUGCACAUACCUACAAUUGCAGUCACAACGAACAGCACGGCAUCAAAGACAAAAAAAAGGAGCACGACCACGGCGAACUUAUUCCCAAGGAAGUCUUCUGCUGGCAACGUUUGUGAUGAAGGCGAGGAACAUCAAAGUGGAGUACACGAUCAUUUAGAUUUGCAGCUACACCUUGCGGACGGCGGAUCACAUCCUAAUCCUAAUCCUUAGAUUUUCUGUCUUGAAAAUCAAGAUCAUACCGUCUUGAAAAUCAAGAUCAUACCGUCUUGAAAAUCAAGAUCUUCAUACCGUCUUGAAAAUCAAGAUCAUACCAAAAGUACAACUUCAGGAAUUUCAACUAGUAUUUGGAACAACUACAGAAGUUCCUCUUCGUUCAUCUUCUUCUCUUUUGAACAACAUUGCAACUACCUCCACUACGAAGAUAUCAUGAAUUACAACACACAUACACAAUCCCACCACAUGUGGCGGUCGAAGUCACCUUCUAACGCUACAACGCGUACAAGAACGACUACCACUUCCUCAGGGUAUAACUCUCGACAACAGGAAGGAUCGCGUGAUGGGGGAAGGCGUCAAACUACAUCUUCAAGUAGAUAUGACGAUUACGACACUGUAGAUACAGAGGAUGAGGAUUGGCGAUGUUUUUCGAGGAACAUGUUCAAAAAAAGCAGAGAAGAAGAACAGCAACAGCAACAACUACAAGGUCGGCAGGGCGCAAGAACGUUUUCUAGUGUAAAUUGCAGCGCCGGGCAUGGUGGAAGCUUUUCCAACUUCUAUAACACAAAAAACAGACCGCCUUAUCAUAAUCAUGGUCCACCACCUCGUCAUCAAUCAGCCAGUAGGACCACUAGUGCAAUGUUGUCAACAAGAAUAACCGAAAGCAAGCCAGUUAUUCCCACACCUCCGCUACCAGUCCCUGUUGGCGAAAAUACUAGUCUCAACAUCUGCGCACGACAGGCAGACGAGGCAAGACAGCUACAGAAGUUGAAAGAGUCAGCUAGACCUGGCGAGCGUAUUCCUGGUGUGGUGAAAUUCUUCAUGGCUAGUGAACGCUACGGGUUUAUUACGAUUGAAAACGGAGCCGACAUUUUCGUGCAUGCAAAUCGGAUUACGGGUACCUGAAAUUGUGAUCUUCUGUGAAGAUUCAUCAUGUUGGUCUUCAUCGUGUUUGUCUCAUUCCUCUGAAUACACCAAUGUAACUUUGCUUUCUCGUCCGCGUACACCACCACCACCUUCAAAAAUCUAAACAAGAAAACUCAGAAAAAAUCUAAUUAAGAAAACCAGGUAAUCCACUUGCGCGUGGAGAUCCAGUUACGUUCACGCUUGCACCGGACAAGCGGAGCGGAAAAUUAGUUGCCUAUGACGUGCGCGGUGGAUCGGGUGGAGGGUCCGGGAUCUUUUACUCUUCUCCACCCAGCUCCUGUGGUGCAGUCGAGCGUGGUAAUGGAGAUGAUUCUUCCGGUGUGCGCAACGCGGUACUAUUUUGCUAUUUAAUUAUGAAUGUUCAUCAUUGUUGAUCGAGAUCGUUACCCUUUUGUUCUCUUUUCUAUCUUCCUCUGGUCUUUCUUUUUUCUAGUUAGGUCGGCUCCACGACCACACUCAUUAGGGUUUUAAUGUUUUGCGAUUUGCGAUUAGAUGCUGAUAACAGAGUAGUUUAUAGCACGCGUAGUGCAUGGAGUAGCAUGGAGUGCAUGGAGCGCAGAGCUUUAAGGGGCGCAAGAAGCUCCCCCUUUAGCUCCAUGCUACUCCAUGUGAUCCAUGCACUCCAUGCCAUGCGAGCCGUGAAACCUUAUAAAUUGCUCUGUGAUAAUUACAAUGCUAUCACAGUACCACAACACCUACUUACACCCACUUCAGAUUGUGCCACUGCCACCGCCGCCACCUCUGGUUGGACAAACACAAUUAAAAUACCAAGGGCAAACGAUUUCUUCAGGCCAUCAAUUACAGCAGAUUGAGGACCAGCUUCGGGAGUACAUCUCGAAUGUACAACAGCAACCUGUUGUAAACGAUGGUGGAGGACAACAACAAAACAAAAAUGGAUUUAGUUGUGGUGCUACAACGAGUAGGACACCUCCCACGACGAGGGAGCAAGAAGAGUUAGACCAAAUGGCUCGAAAAGUGCUUGACCAAUUCUUGCUCAAUCAAGGUAUCGAGGUGCUGGGAAGAAAUGGAGCAACCGCAACGAAUACUGGGGCGACGACAACAACGAACACGAACGAUAGACUCCUGGAGCAUGAUCAACGACUCCUGCGAGAGCCAAUUCAGACUACCCUGAAGACCGGCAAUGCAUCGAAUUUUCCAACUACAGCAAUUGCAAUGUCUUCUCAAGAAAAAUCCUCAUCUCAACAUACUUCUCACGUGCAGCAGUUGUUGAGUCCUCCGUUCCUAACUACCUCAUCCUCGACAGCUGGUCCCACUACAUCCAAUCGCAAUCCCCAUCCUUGUCCUCCAGCAAUGUGUAGCACGAGUCCAACUGUAAUGCAGAAUCAGAUUCAGAAUAGUCCAGGAGCAAUAGGAACAAGCUCCGCACCAGAACCAGCGUCUGCUUUUUUAGUGGGUGCUUCUUUGGGUUUGGCGUCACGAAACUACAGCGGACUCCAACUAGUAACAAACCCGUCCGAUAUGGCGCCGCCUCCACUUCCCAGUGGUCCCAUCAGUAUGCAGCCGCAAAUAAGAAAUCAUGGCAAUGUUGGAGGGUUUCUUCAAGAUGUUGGCAUCAACAACCGACCUGUCUCGAUAUCAUCGCAACCAGAGGACUUGAUGGAGAGGUUUUUGUCCGCGAAGUCGACUGCUUCUAGCAUGACCAGAAGUUGUAAUAGCAACAUGCAGAAUCAGAAUCAGCGGCCAGAGAGUAAACCACGUUUAGAAGAAGCUAUGAGGGUUCAUCUCAAUAUGGUUCAAGAUGAACAUCUAGGAGCUGCUAGUCAUGGACCAUCAUCAAGUGGACACAUUUAUUUAGGAGCUUCUUCCGGUUCGACAUCAACAUCUUCAUCUGAUAACCUACUCAACAUGAUAGGUGCUGCACGUGCUGCACAACAGGCGUUAGUACUACCGCAACAGCAGCUGCUACCACACGCACACCAGCUUCAACAGCAAGGCGACCCGCGCCAGGCCAUGCUGCCAGCUUUUUCCCAAAUGCUGGGUGGGUUGCCGCCGUCCACUUCUUUGAGUAAUUUCUUAACGCGGCUGGAGGAUGUUGGUGGACGACAGCACCAACAAGAGGUGGAGCAAGGACAAGGACAACAGGAGCAACGCCUACCGUCUCUGGUUGCCCUUCCUAGUUUCGCUAGUUGUGCCUCUUCGCCCUCGAUAGAUAGUAAUCCUUCAGGGUCGUCCUGUAUUGGAGGAGGUGGACUUAUGCAGCACAGAAGCAACCUACCUAGCAUGUCGAACGAGGAACCAGCAGUCUUACCGGGAAGUGGAGACUUGCAAAAGAAAGAUAAUAUUCCCAGCAUUUGUACCAUUUCGAACGAGAUAUCUGCUAUCACAACCUCCAAGCCCAGCGGCCUUCCUUCUCCUUUGUCGGCGAACACCACUUUCCCAACAUUGCCUCAGCCUGCUCCUGUUGUGGCGUCGAACUUGAACAGCAAUCUUUUCCCCAACUUCAAGGUGGAGAACAAUUAUGGCACCCGCCGAGACCAGAUAGAAGAAGUUCAGCAGCAGCUCAAUCUGAAUACGAAUCCUUCUGAACAAGCAGGUCCUGCAGGACCACUGCAGGCAUCGUCACCGCAGACGCUGCGCCCUGGACUUGCAGUUAGUUCCUCACUGACCUUCUGGACGCCAACACUUAUGGACAAAAAUAAGUCAAUAUCGGAUCUUGUACUUGUGCUUGUACUUAUGACAUAAUUUUACUCUCCAAAUCAGGUACUCCCACUAGUACUCAACACCAAUCCAUUACCAUAGCCCAAGACAGCCAGCAGAAGGCGAACGUGGAUCAAGAACGCACCACGCCAAACAUAAUAAUCUUACAUCUGGGGAAGGGGAACAUCUAUUAUAUACAACUAUGCCCGUCGUCGUCAAAGUCAAUAUCGGAUCUUGUGCUUGUUGUACUUAUGCUUUUACAUGACAGAACUUCAACGAACCUCCUGCUGCCCUAAAAUCCCAAGCCUAGCGCAAUAUUUCCGACCACCUUCAGCGGAACUCCCCGAUUUUCCACCCUUAGGGACGAGGGAGCAACUUCCGACAUUGCUUGACACUUUGCCAGAUACAGGAGCUUUUUCGCCACAAGCGUCGCUUGGAGAGCGGCAAGGAGCCGUUUUCAAGGACAGCGCCACGCUGCUGGCUGGAAAUACGACACUUCCUGUGGGGAAUAAUAAAACCAGUGGUCGUAAAUUAGUUUGAAUUAUUUGCUCAAUUUUUUAUGUGGGUAUAGGUGGAAAUGCUGGUGUCCUCUGAUGUUCCCUUGUUCGGUUUACAAAUCGUCCCACCAAUUUCCAUUUUAUCUUCUACCAAAAAGAACUUGAAGCUGCUUACCGUUGUAGCUGUUCUCAUCUCACUCUCUCCCAGGUACUGCGCCGCAAGUAUCUUCUACGAAUACCCUGUCGACAUACUGUGAGGGUCUCUGGCCGAAUGAAGUUGUACCUCUGCCACCUUUUUGAAGCAAAAUAUCAAGAAGAACAAGCUGCCAAGCACAUGAUUUGCCUUUCUAUUCCAAGAAUUAUAAUGUUAGGGUAAAGGUGCUUUUGUUACCGUUUGUUAUGGCUCUCCUAAGCUAGAAAGGCAUGAUAACAAACGGGAUAAACGAGCACCAAAAGCCUACCUCUAAAAGAAUGGUGUACUAAGUCCCACUAGUUUACUAUUGCGCUUUAUUGUUCACCCAUAACGACCACAUGAACUGUAGUACCGUACAGCUCUUAGAAGAGAUAACUUUAACGAAGAACAUGACACAUAUUAAUAGUGGUAUUAUAUAUGAUCUAUGAUAAGAGUGAUAUAACUACUCCGUGUCUUCGUUAUUAAAGAAGCGAGGUCUUGCCGCAUAAGAACAGAGCCGAGGAAUACCGGUUAAUACGGAGGCUAACGUGAACUCCUGUCGGCUAAAAAGAAGGCAUCUCGGUGAGUGUUCCACUGACAUAGCAUUCUCCGGAGCAGUUCUUGUGGCUAUAAGCAAUUUUUGUCAAGCGUCUGACUGACUUCUGCAACUACUUAGUAGAUCAUAGACUUGUCUGAUUACGCUACUUUAUUAUCCUAUGGUGCUCGUCCUCGUACUACGAACUUGGCUGUAAAGUAAAAGUUUAUUAGAACGUGUAAGUGUCGACCAUGCGCUUCCGUCCUUUUCGCUUUGGACCGGAGAGUCGUUUUUUAUGCGCCAUUAUAAGGGAAAUAAUGAGUAUGAUUCUGGUGGAGAGGUAUCAUUUAUUUUCAGGUAUUUACGCAAAUUCAUCCAGGGUACUCCCUCGGUGUAGUCUGGUAUUAAAUACUUGACCUAAUUUGGUACUUCUGUACAAAAGCAGGAUUGACAUAAAUAUCGAGUAGAUCGUACUGUUGAGGAAGUUUCGACAGAACGAAUGUCAUGAUAUUAAGGGUUUUUCAACAAGGUUUCCAGCAGAGGGAAAGUCGAUGACAAUGAAAGAAAGGCGAAUAAUGCGCCCAUCCUAGUAAGGGAAAAGAGGAGGGGGUUGAGGGAGAAGAACAAUGGUAUUAAACACGUCGUACCACAUUCGUGGAUACUGCAUAAAGCCGUCGAAGUCUGCCACAUUGGAUGGUAGAUCCUAACCUAACCUAACCUAUUCUCUAUUUUUCGGAGGUUGUCUAUGAUUCACGUGGUAGUUCUUUCCAUGCAUAUGAAAGCAUUUCGUCUUCAAAAAGCAAGAGUAUGUUCUGUUUUGCGGUCUUAAGUUUGUGGAGCAAAAGCAAGAGUAAGUCAGGGGUCAUGAUAAUUUUUUGGCGUGUGUUGAAAUUAUUAUGAUCAGUUUUUUCUCUUUAGGUUUAGGUGAAAAACGAAACUAUGUAUAAAUAAUUACCAGGUCAGUAGCCAAUUAUGAAGCUUGCUAGUUUUUCUGGCGGGCCCCCACCUAACCUAACCUACCGUGUGCUAUCGACGUUUAACAAAUUAUAUCAAAUUUGGUCAGCCGUGUAGCGAGAAGAUAUUACUCGGAAUUACGAUUAAGAUUAACAUCUUCAGCUUGGUAAUUUUUUUUGAAGUUUUUGAUUUUGCGUGCAUAUUGUUGCAGAGUUAGCUCUCGAAAAGUUUCUGUUCUUGAUUUGGUUAUUCAGUUCUACACUUUUUCCCUGGUGGAACACGCAAAGCAUGUAGUGCGAAUUAGGUCUCACAAGCACAGGAGCCGGCUAUCUACCCAUUUGUUAGAAAUAUCAUUUCGACGCUAUUGGAGAAUGCUCCGUCAUGAUGUCGCUUAAUAAACAUCUUAUUGUCGUUCUGCCUCUGUUGACUGAGGCCUGUCGUGAAUAAAAUGACUGGGUAGCAUGGGUUAUAGUUCGGAGAUCCAUAUUGAAAGGCAUACUUCUAAGUGAGCGGAACUUGAAUCUUGAACAUCGUGUACUCCUAUCCAUCUUCGCAGUCACGAUCAUAGGAGACGGACCACGACGGAUAGAUAUAAGACCAAAUGCCAAGCAAAUAUUCCAUCAUGCAGAAACAAGAUUCAACAUCACUGGUGCUCAUGGAUAUUGUGUGGCCUUUGUACAUGUGUCAGUCAACCUCCAGAGUGGUGCACAGCUUCAACAGAGACUGUUGCCUUCAGGCAGCUACUUGAUAAACCUUCUAUUCGAUGUUUUUGAAUUUCGCUUUUUAGGCAGGGUCUUUGCCGAAUAGAUUCACAUCAUCAUCAAAUUUCAUCGUUAAAAGAGAAUCACAAUUCAUUCAUUACAGAUUCGGCUGCAUGAAGUAUCAUGCUGCUCGGACUAGGACUCAACAUUGCCGCCGUCUUCUUCUAUCUCUCACGGUUCAUGGAGUUUUGAAGAUCUGUUCUGCCUGAGUCCUCUAAUAAAAAGGAUCAAACUUCUCAU